AUGGGGGAGGGAGCUCGCGGCAGGCGCCGUCGACCGGGUUGCAGACAAAGAGGCAACCGGAGGGGGAGCGGAAGCAGACCAGGCCCCCGGCGGAGGCCACGGGGAUGGACUUGGGGAGGAGAGAUGGCCGGUUGA